UGCGCAAUUGGUACAUUCAGACACAGCAUCAUUAAGGAUGCAAAAAAUAUUUUCCUUUUGUUGCGGAGUAUCUUAUAUUUGUGACAAUUUUUCAGAACUUUCUCUGCAAAAACCGUAAUGAAAAGAAAAAUUAAUAAAAUUAAAUUUAAUUCGAAUUAAAAUAAAGAAGGAAAAAGGAAUUAAAAUGCGCGGGGAAGAAACUUAUCGCCGAAUUACUCGGGAAAAAUUAGUUGUUCGCGGAAAUACGACAAUAAGAACAUUGGACUCAACAACAUCUUUUCUACCAACUAUUCAAGGCUCUUCCUCAACACCUACUGGGCUGUCACAAAUGGCCAGGAUGAUGGAUUCUUUGAUACUUGACCAGUAUCCACCAUUUACAUUCACAAAAAUAACAACAACUCAUCGACCAACAAGAACUGGCACUGUUAAGAAAACUGCUACAACAACCACUAUGGGUGGCUUGGCUUCAUCUUCUAAUCUCGGUCCAGUGUCUGGUAUACGAUUGAGUUCACAAAAAAACCGUUUGCCUACGCAAGAAGUUCCACCUCAACCAAGAUCUACAAGUUUUACAAUAAAUAAUUCCCCACCACUGAACAACAACAACUCUCUUAGCAACCAAAAUGCGAGCUCUCUUCCAAAUCCCACAGACAAUAGAUGGAUUUCAUCACUUCGUCGUAGGGAUCCCGAAUUACAACCAACUCUACCAUCAAUUAAUUUCAGCCAUCAUGGUAGUUCGAAUAAUGUUGGACUCGGAAGUACAGCUGAAAAACUUCGUUCACGAAGCAAUAAAGCUUCAACAACUUCAAGAAAAAGCCGGUCUGUCGAAAGAGUUCGAGCUAGAAAACUAACUUCGCAGAUUAAAUUAAAAGAUAAAGUCAAGAAGAACUCUGUAGAUUUAGAUAAUUCUAAUUCUGAUGAUCAGGAAGCCACAUCACUUGACGAAAACUCAACAUCACAGAACACACCCAAAGGAUCACCCAAAACCAUAUCAAAAGUCUUCUCACCAAUUGGGUUUGAGCCACAUUUAGUAGAUGCUUUAGAAAAAGAUAUUCUUCAGAGGCAUCCAAGCGUGAAGUGGGUGGAUGUGGCUGGUCUAAAUGAGGCCAAAGCUAUUUUACAGGAAGCUGUUGUUCUUCCGAUAAUAAUGCCUGAUUUUUUUAAAGGCAUUCGACGGCCAUGGCGUGGUGUCUUAAUGGUUGGUCCCCCAGGUACUGGAAAAACAAUGAUGGCUAAGGCUGUUGCCACAGAGUGUGGAACGACUUUUUUUAAUGUGUCUUCUUCUACCUUGACUUCAAAAUAUAGAGGAGAAAGUGAAAAACUAGUACGAUUGCUAUUUGAAAUGGCAAGGUUUUAUGCACCAAGCACAAUUUUUAUUGAUGAAAUCGAUGCAUUGUGCGCCUCACGUGGUAGUGAAACUGAACAUGAGGCAAGUCGAAGAUUUAAAGCGGAAUUGCUUAUUCAAAUGGAUGGUUUGAAUGCGGCAAUGCAAGAUGACAAGGUUAUAAUGGUUUUGGCAGCAACAAAUCAUCCUUGGGAUAUUGACGAAGCGUUCCGACGAAGAUUCGAAAAGAGAAUCUAUAUUUCUUUGCCCAACGAAGAAACUCGGUCGGCUUUGCUUGAUCUCUGCUUAAAGGACGUUAACUUAUAUCCAGAGCUCGAUACAAAAUACAUUGGAGAUCAGCUCGAAGGUUACUCAGGAUCUGACAUCAGCAAUGUUUGUCGGGAUGCAGCAAUGAUGUCGAUGCGUCGUCGAAUAAUCGGAAGAACUCCAUCAGAAAUCAAGCAAAUACGAAGAGAGGAUGUUGAUCUUCCCAUUACACUUCAAGAUUUCGAGGAUGCUAUGAGGCGAACUAAAAAGUCUGUAUCUGCAGAUGAUGUAUCUCGUUUUGAAAAAUGGAUGCAAGACUAUGGAUCAUGUUAGAGAUCGUUUC